GACGACGUUUUGACACAAUUUUUUCAUGGAUAUUCAUUGUUUGCGCGUGCAUUAAGAAAGAAAUUACCCUGGCCGAAAAAAAUAUUUACCGGAGGAUUUCCUCGAAACGAGAUAACGAAUAAAUUUCAAUUUCCAUCCGGAGAAUUCAUCUCCAGUCAUCAUUAGCUUUGUUCCACAGACACGAUGCACUUGAAACUGUUCUGCGUUUUCACCCUGUGCGCGGUUUCGACGAGCGCUUUUACAAAUAAUGAAGCGAUUAGAGAUCGAAUCAUCGCGGCGAUAAAAACGAAAUUCGAGAAUUUCAACUUCGAUUUCGGCUACAUCAACGACAAACUGAGCAUGUUCAAUUUGCCAUCGAUAAACUCCAAUUUGCUGGAUAUAAUCUUGAGCAGCUACAACACUUCUUUAGUUGACGUUGGUGAAUUGGUAGCCAACAGCAAUGGGAAUAUUCUGGACGUUAUCGAGAGCGCUAACAAUCUGUUCGAAUGCGACCUGCUGUACAUCGAAGGCGAUAAGUUGCAGGUGAAUUUGGACGCCUUCAAUGAGAUCACCACGAAGGUGAAGGAAUUGCAAGUAGCCAAGUUCUUUGCGCAUCAUAAGAUCCUCGGGUACGUGGUUAGGAAGUACGUGGACUUCAAGAACAGCACUUUCUAUCCGGAAAUCAAGAAGCAGGUGUUGGCUACAAGCAUUCCUUUAGAUAGAAUCUUAGCGCAAAUCCUGGUGCGUCCGAAAGUCUUCGCGCUGGAAACCAAAGCAGCGCUCGUGCAACAAAACGCGACAGUUUUGGAGCAAAUCUUGAAACCGUUGAAAGAAGCAGUCUCAACUUUGGCUGUUUCCAUGAAGGACAUCGUGCACAGAUCCGCAGAAGAGGCCAUUUCGGCUGCGAAAUCUUUGUACAGAGAUGGUGAACCGGAGGACUUCUUCGAGAGUGUCUACGCGAGCACCGUCAACGUAGCCGUCUUGCAAAUUGAGAAACUCUUGAAUUCCAUAGUCAAAAUCGUGGAUACAUUCUUGGACAGAGCCAUCACCGACGAUGUCGCGUUGAAGCGGAUGAGCAGGGAGGUUGAAGAGAUCAAAGAGUUGACAUUCUUCCAGAAACUCACCACUUCCAUCAACAAAACUCUGAAGAAGUUCUUGAAUUCCAUCACGAUAUCGCUCAACAAAUUGACCGAGGGAUACUUGAAGGAUAUGUUGCUCACGGCUGGAGCGAUGAUCGGUGGUCUCAUCAACAAGAUCUUCCCCAAUUACGAACAGCAACUCGCCUUCAGAGCUCUACCACUCAUUGCCAACAACAAUUUUUAGAAACAUUUAUAUAGUUUAAUCAAUAAAAAAGUAAGAAGC